AUGUUCAAGCGCAAGCCCGACAUCAGAAAUCUCGCGCCUUUGCGCUCCUCAGAUCGACGAAAACUCGCCGACCAAAUCAUCCGUGAUUACCAAGUCCCUCUCCCAGAGCAGACAGACGAUGCAUCAUCAGGCUCACAGUCAACACUGCGGAACUCACUUCUGCCCGAGUCUACCUCGUCAGCUCGCUUCAUCACAGCAACAGAGCAAGGCACCGUCUACAUAGGUGCUCAUCCAGAUCAAGAUGAGAGAGUCCUUUGGUUCCAGACCGGGAAGAACCCUCGUUUGAUACCGACUGUUUAUACUCUGUGGCGUAACCCUAAACUUGUUCCACUGCUGCACACUCCCGAUUUCGUGGUUGAGGAAAAACUCAAACAGGGUGCUGAUCUAAUGGUUCCUGGAUUGGUGAAGGCCAGAGGCACCAGUUGGGACAAGAGAGCAAGCACUGGCGCUGUUGUGGCUGUCGCUGGGCUGCAAAAUGAUACUACGCCAGUUUGGGUCGGAACAUGCCAAGUAGACAUUCGAAGUCUCCCCGACGAUGUUCGAGGUCAGAAAGGUGCUGCCAUCAAGGCGCUUCACUGGGCAGGCGAUGAAUGCUGGAGUUGGAAGUCACUCGGCAGUGGGGGAAUUGAUCCACCAUCAAGCAUAGAAGGAUGGGACGGACUAGGAGGAGAAUUUGCAUCUGAUGUUGGUAAACUAUCUUUAGAAGACGACAAAGCACCGGCAGUACCAUCCGACACACAAACCCAGACAUCCGAACUGGCAGAGGAAGUCGACGAGGACUACGAGCCCACCACGAAAGAAGUCGACGACGCAUUCCACAAAGCUUUUCUCUUCGCCGUCCAUAAAGCAAAGCAAUCUGGCACUCCACCCAAAUUCGGUCUCGAUUUUCCUCUUCAACCAUCCUUUGUCGUAUCCAACAUGAUCCAGCCUAAUCUCCGCCACCAAAAUCAGCACUACAUCAUCAAGAAAACAUCGUGGAAGAAUGCGAAGAAGUUUAUCAAGCAGCUGGACAAGCUUCGGAUAGUCAAGUCCAAGGACCGCAAUGGUGGUGAGACGGUCAUCCUUGAUAUCGACUUCGAUCAUGAUCAGGUUAAUGGCUUCAGACCGUAUCGGUUACCAACACCAAAGGCAACGGGCAGUGCUGCGGGUACUUCUGCUGAAGAUGGUCAAGCAUCUUCGGGCCCGAGCUCAUCUUCAGGACAGAAGAUCGACAUCCAGAUGGUCUACCGUCCGUCUUCCAAACUAGUACCGACACUCCUCCCCUCCAAGACCGAGUUCUAUAGUGCAGCACAAGUCUCAGCGGCUGUCAAGGCAUACAUCGAUCAACACCCCGAGCUAGGAGGUCAAGGAAAAUCCACCGUCAAGCUCGACCCAUUCCUUGCCAACGACAUCCUAGGCUCGAAACCGACCGACGAAGAUCGCAGCUACCUCGCAGCCGGCCGGAUUCCAAGAGGCGUCCUCCAGAAGCGAGUGCUGGAGGAUUCAAAUCUCUGUCAACCCUUCCAUAUCAUUUCACAAAGUGGUGUACCGUCAGACCAAAAGCCCAAGGUGGGAUCACCACCUCGAAUCCUGAUCACGAUCGAGAAACGAACUGGCACAAAGGUGGUAACCAAGGUUUCCAACCUCGAGCCUUUCUUCAUUGAUCCUCAAGUCCUAGCACCCGAGCUGCAGAAGAAAUGUGCUGGGUCUGCGAGUGUAGGACAAGUUGCUGGCGCGAAGCCUGGUUUGAUGGAGGUUGUGGUGCAAGGUGAUCAGCGGAAGGUACUUACGACGGAGAUACUCGCCAAGAAGGGUAUUGACAUGAAGUGGGUGGAUACGGUGGACAAGACGAAGCCGAAGAAGAAGAAAUAA